AUGUCGUUAACACUUUUUAAAUAUCUUCUGCGAGUUAUUCGCAGAACAAAAGACUUGUUGAUAAUGAGAGACAUGAAGCUUAAGGGAAAGUUCAAUCGAGACAUGAACAAAAGUCGUUCUAUUGGGAUUUAUUGGAAACAAAGACUUCCUGUUGACAGAUAUCGGAAAUUGGGUAUCGAAGCAAUGAUUGCAAAAGGCAAUGAUACAUAA